AUGAAACAAUCUAAACCGAAUGCAAACGCAACCUACAGCGUGCCGAAUACGUUUGAAGGGGUGCCUAGUGCUUCGUAUUCUGAUAUUACCCGGGUUGAAAGUAUAAAAGCUUCCGCAUAUGAUGCCAACGAUGGGGUCAUGAGCGUAUACUCAGAAGUAGAACCAAAGCUGGAAAAGGUGCAGGAGGAUGACGAUUCUACGACAGUUGUAGCUUUGAAGAAUUCGAUGUCCGGCGAAAGGAUGAAAUGCAAAAAUGCAUUAAUGUCGGGAAAUGCAAUAAAGGUGCCUCUCAACACCAAAGAAAAUGAAUCAAACGAUGAACCUCUGGAAGACCACGCUUUAGAAUAUAACAAAUGGAACUUUGACGGGGAAGAACAUGUGGAAAUUGAUAUUAAAGGUGAGUACACACCUCCGAAAGUGAGCUAUACCGCUGCGGUGUUGGAUGAUGAACCCAUUUAUGCGGUCGAACCGUCUGUGAACCGUAACACAAACUACCGUGCCUCUGUGAUCACGCAGUCAACGCAUGGUACCUCUGAAGAAGUGGGUGUACCAAAAGAAGGCUCUGAGGUUAAUCACACAGCGACUACAACUCCUGGGGAUCCCUUCCAAGAAAAACGACCUAAAGCAAAUUCAAGUGAACCGAGAGCGCGUCCGCCGCCUCUGAAGCGAAGUUCUGCCAGGAUUCCAAUAAGGCGCAAAGCUGGCACUUCAUACUCACAAAAUAGGGCAAAAGCGGACCUUAAACCAACGCCUGAAAAAGUGCUAACCUUGCUGGAGAAAAUCCUCACUUUAGAUGAAUCAAAAUGGAAGGACAUAAUGAAGCUUCAGAGUGAACUAUCCGGUAUUGCUGCGAAAUAUCCUGAAGUCGUCUCUGCUUGUGAGUCGGCGGCGCUUGUCUCUGCCGUCCGCAGAAUAGCAACAUAUGCCAAUAGCUCCAGGUCUAACCUAUCGCACAGCGGUAUUACAUGUCUGGGUGACCUUUAUAAGUCGCAUGGAUUGGUGUUGAAUCAGCCUCUUCUUGAUGUUAUGGACGUUUGUAUCCGCAAAGCGUCCUCUGGGUCACCCGAAUUUAUAUGCACAGCAGCUAAUUCCGCGUUGGCUAAGAUUUGUGUUUCAAGCUCUGACUCUAAGGCAUGCGCCAUACUUCUGAAGCUAUACAAAACAAACAAGUCGGCACCACUGACCAUUUUGAACUGCAUGCUUAUUGUGCUGAAUGCUAUGGGAACUGACAUCGGUAAACACAAAAUGCUUCCUGAAAUCUUCGAUAUGGUAAUAAAUGCAAUUAAGGCGGGAAGCAUAGACGUAAGGCGUGCAGGUAAAAUGCUGAUAGGCCAAAUAAACGAGCACGUUGAUUGCUUAAAGCUAUUAAACAGUAUGCGAAAAGGAGACGAUGCGAAACGUCUUAUCAGUGCUUCUCUGAGUAAAUACAAUAAGGAAGAGAAGGAUAACUAUUUACAAAAGCUCACAACUGCUGUUGUUCAAUAA